AUGGCAUUUGCACUGGAAAAGCCCAUCAAGGGUGAGCCUCCUGCGGCCGAUGACCAGAGCAUCAUCCCUGGAACAGUCAACGAUAUUGCGAAGGAUGCAGACGACGACGAUGCAAUCCUUCGGGCAAAUGGCCAUCAGACGGCCAUGCCUCGCCAGUUCAACUGGCUCUCUGCUCUUGGACUGGGCUUUUCAAUCACCAACUCCUGGAUUGGCUAUCUGAGCUGCUUCGGCCAGAGCCUGACAUAUGGUGGUGCUCAAGCUUGCAUAUUCAGUCUGGUCGCAGCUUUCAUCGUUCAAUUUAUUGUGACUUUAGGACUAGCUGAGCUAGGGUCUGCCUUUCCUUCUAGCGGUGGGCAGUACCACUUCUGCUAUAUCCUGAGCCCCGAAACCACGAGGAGAUACAGUGCAUAUAUUGUUGGCUGGCUUUCCGUUUUGGCAUGGUGGAUUGUCACCUGCUCUGGUAUCUCCCUUGCUACCGUCGUUCUGAAUGGUAUUGUCAAUUUUUGCUCCCCAGAAUACGUUGCCAAUCAGUGGCAGACAUAUCUUACUUAUGUUGGCGUGUCAUUUGUUACGAUUAUCCCAGUAUUUACCGCAUCUAACAGAAUAUCGCUCGUAACCCAAAUAGCACUUUAUCUGUCGUUGUCAGGCUUCGUCAUCUUCCUCGUCGUUUCUGUUGUCAUGCACCAGAAAAUGCAGCCACAGUCUUUUCUAUUGGAGUCGGGACAAGGAAACAGUGGGUGGAACGAAGGCACUGCCUGGCUACUGUCUAUAAGCAAUGCUAUGUAUGCAUUUGGGGGUGUGGAUGGAGUACCGCAGAUCAUGACGAUAACAAUGAUGAUAGGACUCCUUACCUGUCUUCCGCUAUUUAUUGUCUUUAUGUACUUCACCAUUGACAUGGAGGCAAUACGGGAGGCAUCUCUCCCCAGUCUUGAGCUGGUAUACCAGAUAACCGGAAGCCGAAGUGUUACUCUAGGGCUAUUUAUCCUAUUAUGGGUCAUUUAUGCCUAUAUAGUUUCCCUUCCAUCACAAUGGGUCAGUGCUGGUCGAGUUGCAUGGGCGUUCGCUCGCGACAAAGGAACCCCGUUCCCAGAAUACUUCUCCGUGGUUAAUGAGAAGCUCAAAUUCCCUGUCCGCACGACAGUGGUUACCUUCCUUUUCAGCUGUCUGUAUGGCCUUCUAUAUCUAGCCUCCACGACCGCAUUUAAUUCCAUCAUCACCUCAGCAGUCCUGUUUUUGAACAUCACCUAUACUAUACCCCAGGGAAUCCUCCUCACCCAAGGCCGCACGGGCCUCCCAGAAAGGUAUUUGAAACUUGGCUGGGUUGGAUACUUCUGCAACGCUUUCUCGGUCCUCUGGAUUGUAGUACUCGGCGUUCUCAUUUGCAUGCCACCAAAUCUACCUGUCAGCCUGCAGUCCAUGAACUAUGUGUGCGUAAUUCUCGUUGGCGUUUUUACUCUUAUAAAUGUUCUUUGGCUCUUCGUCGGAAGGAGAAGUUUUGAAGGGCCACAUAUUGAGUGGAGUCUUGUACGCUCCAAAGCUGAUUGA